AUGUCGGAGCCUGCCUUUUCCUUAUUCGUGACACUAAAAUUUUCUGACUCGCAAUUCAAAGAAGAUUUCCUUCGAGACAUUGCUCUUGUCGCCACGCACGUCCGCAAUAGCGAGCCGGAUACUCUAUCCUAUGAAGUGCUCCUCUCGGACAAGGACGAUUUGACCGUAGUGGUGAUGGAGCGGUACAGGGAUAAGGAGCACGCCUUUUUAAGGGUGCAUCGGAAUUCUCAGCCUUUUCAAGAGUUUCGACCAAAGCUAAAGGCCAUGCAGGAUGAUGGUAAAGUUACUAUAUCGGGGGAGUCGUUUCUGGAUUCAGGAAUUGGCUUCGGUGAUCGCGCGUGA